AUGUCCAGCCGUGGCGGCAGCGCCACACGUGUGCCCGAUCAGGCAAUCUCGCUCCGCUGCGGCACCGCUCUGUUGCACAAAUGGGUGAGGGCAAGAACAUUUACAUUUGGCAAGAUUGUCGCCGGCAAGACCCACGAGGCAGUCUGUGGGUGUGCCGGUAUACAGACCUUGUUCGUGGGCUCUGCGUUCCUAACGCCAAUUCCAGGCCGGGGUGACGUUGAUAGCAAAGGUGUCCGAUCAGCGAGCGCUGCGCUCCCGAGGGCCCACGUAAACCUGACACGCGGCGCUCAGGGCGCACUGUCUGCGCAACAGGUUGAUGGUGGGAGUGUCGGCUCUGAGUGCCAGCCAAGGCCCCACGCAUCCCAUCGCGCCUGCGACCGCGUUAAGAUGAAAGACGGUUCGUCCUCGCUCUCACCGGGAUAUCGACACCGGAUGCCGGACACCAAGUUGCUGGCAGGGACUGGUCUCGCCUAUUGCACCCAGUCAUGUCGUAGAAGCGCCUGGAUGCUGCGCGGAGGUUGCGAGAACGCGAUGUCUGAAGGAGUCCCUGAUACAUAUCCGUUCCACAGAUCCGCUCGAAGUUGCCGCUUCAUGUGGUCCUUUAGUGGGGACAGUGCGGUGGGUGUGUACAUGUCUGAGAACAACGGCGAGGUCCCUGAAAUCGUGGAGACCCAACCAACCUUCCAAAGCGCUGGUUCAUGUGGUCAAGACUGCAAUGCCGAUAAUCAAGGUCCUGUAGCUUCAUUCGUAAACUCUGUCCUACAGAUCACGUCAGCAGCCACCUCGAGAAGGGCCGUGAAAGGGCUGGCCAUCGCGGGCAAUAUCCAUGCAAGAAGUGGCUAGCUCCGAGAGAGCACAUGCUGUCUAAUGCAUCUAUACCUUGAAUAUAAGAGCUGGGUCUUCUAUGGCGGUCAAUCUUCCAUCAAGUAGAUCCGCGGUGCCCGUAUAGCAGCUCUAGAGCGCAGGAGGUUUAUUGUCCAAGGGCUCCGCUAUUGGGACGGCUUAUCUUUAUGCACUUCGGGGAAAGGG